CUUCCUGCAGAGAAUCCUUGGUGAGAGCCUGAGCGAAAGGCAGGGCUUCCUUUUGAGGGUGGCGGCGAGCGCGGAGGGAGCGCAAUGAAGGCCUCGGGCACACUUCGCGAGUACAAGGUGGUGGGGCGCUGCCUACCCACCCCCAAGUGUCACACGCCACCCCUCUACCGCAUGCGCAUCUUUGCACCCAACCACGUAGUGGCCAAGUCCCGAUUCUGGUAUUUCGUGUCACAGCUGAAGAAGAUGAAGAAGUCUUCAGGGGAGAUUGUGUACUGUGGGCAGGUAUUUGAGAAGUCACCACUGCGUGUCAAGAACUUCGGCAUCUGGCUACGUUACGACUCCAGAAGUGGCACCCACAACAUGUACCGCGAGUACCGAGACCUGACCACUGCUGGUGCCGUCACUCAGUGCUAUCGGGACAUGGGCGCACGUCAUCGUGCACGUGCACACUCCAUCCAGAUCAUGAAGGUAGAGGAGAUUGCAGCAGGCAAGUGCCGCCGACCAGCCGUCAAGCAGUUCCAUGACUCGAAGAUCAAGUUCCCACUGCCCCACCGGGUGCUGCGGCGCCAGCACAAGCCUCGCUUCACAACCAAGAGGCCUAACACCUUCUUCUAAACUGAUUGCAAAUAAACUCAAUGUAGAGGCCUGGC